AACAACGGCAGACAUGGCAAGAGAUGGCGAGGGACGCGAGCACACUGACACCAUGCACUGCUGAAGGGACGGGGGCCUUAACAUUUCCAAAAAAUUACAAAACUUUAUAAAACACAGAAAAAAAGGAAACAGAGAAAAAUCAGAAAGGAACGCGAAGAAGAAGGGGAAAAAAAAAAUAGCAACAGAACUUUUCCGAUGAGAGCGCUUCUGUGGACGCUGCUCCGCUAUAUCAGAUAGAUGAUUUGUCCACACGCUUGCACGUAUCAUGAACGCCCAGCUGUCGAUGGAGAACAUUGGCGAUCUGCACGGAGUGAGCCAUGAACCCAGCGCGGCGGAUCUCAUGACCGGAGACAGCGCUCAUCACAGGAGCCACCGGAGCAGUCUGUCAGCCCAUGCGCGCUCCAUGGGCAUGGCGUCAAUCCUGGACAGCGGCGACUAUCAUCACCACCGGCCCCCGGAGCACCCCGGGCUCGCCACGCACCUGCACCCGGCCAUGAGCAUGGCGUGCGAGGCUCCCCCCGGGAUGAGCAUGAGCAGCACCUACACCACCCUCACUCCGCUGCAGCCCUUACCGCCCAUCUCCACCGUCUCCGACAAAUUCCCGCACCACCACCAUCACCACCACCACCACCACCACCAUCACCCGCACCAAAGGAUCCCGGGGAACGUCAGCGGGAGCUUCACCUUGAUGAGGGACGAUAGGGGUCUGGCCCCGAUGAACAAUCUCUACUCUCCCUACCACAAGGACGUGGCCAGCAUGGGACAGAGCCUAUCGCCCCUGUCUGGUUCCGGACUGAGCGGCAUUCACAACUCCCAGCAGGGGCUGCCGCCCUACGCGCACCCCGGGGCCACCAUGCCCGCCGAGAAGAUGCUCACGCCCAACGGAUUCGAGGCACACCACCCCGCGAUGUUAGCUCGACACGGGGAGCAGCACAUGAGCGCGUCUUCGGCGAGCAUGGUGCCGAUCAACGGCAUCCACCAUCACCCGCACGCCCAUCUCAACGCCCAGGGCCACGGCCAGGUGCUGGGCUCCACCAGGGAGCAGAACCACUCGUCCGCGCCCGGAUCGCAGCUCAACAACGGCAGCAGCUCGGGACAGAUGGAAGAGGUCAACACCAAAGAAGUGGCUCAAAGGAUCACCACGGAACUCAAAAGAUACAGCAUCCCGCAGGCUAUCUUCGCCCAGAGGGUGCUGUGCCGCUCGCAAGGGACGCUUUCGGACCUGCUCCGGAACCCUAAGCCCUGGAGCAAGCUCAAGUCUGGCCGGGAGACCUUCCGCAGGAUGUGGAAAUGGUUGCAGGAGCCUGAGUUCCAGAGAAUGUCCGCGCUCAGGCUCGCAGGUGAGAGAACAAUAGCGUGCAAGAGAAAGGAGCAGGAGCACGGUAAAAGCGAGCGGGGGAGCAUCUCCAAGAAGCCCCGGCUGGUCUUCACCGAUGUCCAGCGUCGGACUUUACAUGCAAUAUUCAAAGAGAACAAGCGUCCGUCCAAAGAGUUACAAAUCACCAUCUCUCAGCAGCUGGGCCUGGAGCUCGCCACCGUCAGCAACUUCUUCAUGAACGCGCGUCGACGGAGCCUCGAUAAGUGGCUGGACGACGGCAGCUCCAACUCGGCCAACUCCUCCUCCUCCAGCACUUGUACCAAAGCAUGAUGGAGUAGCGGCUGCGUUACGGGAAAAAAGAAAAAAAAAAAAAAACUUCGGUGGAAAAGCUUUAAACAAAGAAAACUUAACAAGAGACGAUUUUAGACAGCGUUUGCCCUUAAAACUUGUACAGUACCGAUAUUUAUAAUAUCCAAAGAAAAACACCAAAGACUGCUUUGAACCCCAUUUCUUCGUUUAUGUCUGACAUUCUGCAUAAAAAAAAGAAAAAAAAGAAAAAAAGAAGAAGUUACACUCCAAUCAUCUCGACACACUCCCCUAACCGGCGUCUUUCUUUCUCAUGCGAUCGGUUGCUUUCAAAGACGUUUUUCUCAUCGGUCAUUUUCUCAAAGGCGGAGUGAUUGUUAUUCACUCUGAUGUCAGAUUUCAGAUUUUGCGACCUCACUGAGGGGCUCGACGUCAUGCGUUCACCUCUAUAGGCGUCCCAGACGUCGCCGGGGACGCCAAAUGUAAUCAGGCGGUGUAGAAUCUCGACAAAGGUCGCCCUCAGGAUAGUGCUUUCUUCCUAAUUGUUGGAAAAGUUACAUAGAAACCUAAAAAGUACAUGUGAACUUGCCAUCUUCACCACUUAUCAAUCACAGAUGGCGGAACCAAAGAAAAACGCGUGUAUUUUGUUUUCGUUUUGUUUCUUUAAAUCAAGCCCAAACUAUAUUCGCCCCUCUUAACAAAGACCCCGUUUCCGUCCCAAUCAGGGCAA